AGGCGACGUGGAGGACAUUAAGUAAUAUAUAGCGCUUAUUCAUUACUGAAUCAGGUUGUGGACGCUUAACAUUGAACUGCGACUGUACUUACUUCAAAGAUUCAGUUUGUGUUUCGAACUGCUCUUUUUGGAGUUUUAUUUCACAACUAACUUCAUUUCCACCACCAGAACAAGUACAUCAGAAAAAUGACGACAAAACGAGAAUUGAAACGACGGAAGGUCGCGGCCUCUCAGCAGGCUGCUUCACCCUCAACCGAAGCUUCCGAAGCAGAAUACUUUCAUGCCUAUGGCGACCUCUCAGUUCACCGUUUGAUGCUAAGGGAUAAACCAAGAAUGGAAGCUUACUCGACAUCGAUUAGGACCUUGAAGAAGGAGAUAGAAGGUAAAAAUUAUGUUUGAGUUAGGCAGUGCGACUGGCUUUUCUUCUAUUCUUACAGACGUGCAAGCGACUUCUUCAGGUUAUGAUGAAGACGUGCAAGUAAUUUGUUCAGCACAUUGUGAUUCAUCUUUCCAUCCCUUUUCAACAUCAGGUAAAAUCUGUAUGGAUGUUGGCUGUGGCUCCGGCGUUUUGAGUCUUCUCCUCGUCAAGCUUGGUGGGGCGAAGCAUGUCCACGCUGUUGAAGGCUGUGCGCGUGUAGCAAACCUUGCCAGGCAACUGAUAGCGCAAAACGGUAUGGCAGAUCGGAUCACUGUUUGGCAGAAGAGGGUGGAAGAUAUAGCGGUGAUCAAGGAACAGGUGGAGGAAAGUAGGGUCGAAAACGAAAACGGUAAAAAAGCUAGUGGGGCCAAGAAAGUAGACGAUGGUCAGCAGGAAGUGGAAGGCGAAAAGAAAGAAGACGCUACGACUAUCUCAACUACCACGGCUCCAGCCAGCAUCACCACCACGACUUCCGCCACCAGCAGUUCGCACAGGAAAGAGGACAUCAACGACGGCAUUGUCGCGAAUUCGAUUGAUGUGAUCGUUUCGGAGUGGAUGGGAUUUCAUCUUUUGCAUGAAGCCAUGCUAGACAGUGUCGUUAUUGCCCGUGACCGCUUUCUCGUCAAGGAAGGAGGUCUAUUACUCCCUGAUAAGUGCAAAAUCUUCGCAGCACCAUUAGACCUGAGGAACUACCGAACAUCUGAGAAAAACUACUUCAAGCCUGAAAACUUCUUCGGCUUGGAAGGGUUUGAGGAGGUAUUUUUGGAAGAUGAGUAUAAAUUUGAUGCGGAGGUGGAUGAGGAGUCAAGCAAUGUUGGCACUCGGGGACCGAAUAUCACCAGAGGUAUCAAGCCAGAAGAAGUACUUGUACACCGGCUGGACGACAGUCAUCUGCUUCGAACGAAGGAUGAUUACCUCUGUUUCGCGGAGCUGGAUCUACACAAAGUCACGGUAGAAGAUCUGCGCUGUGUAAAAGGUUCAGUUUCCUGUAAGGUGACCAAAAAUGGCGGUGGUUUGUUCGGAGGCGUUGGGAUCUGGUUUGAAUGUCUUUUUCCCAUUCCCACAAGCGAACAAACGCGAAAAGGGACGAGUGAAGCGCUCCUCCCGUCCGCGAUACUUUCCACCUCCCCCAAGAAGCCCAUGACGCAUUGGAAGCAGAGCAUAGUUUUUCUAGAAGUAAGCGGACAACAUAUCUUCGCAGAGGUGCCAGAAGGCGAGCAGGUCGAUUUCGAGAUAUCCUUGACGCAAAGUGAAACAAAUAAGAGACACUAUGAAAUUGGGCUGGAGACGUAGAAGAUGUCCGUGCUUCGUCCCGUGGUGGAACAGCAAUAGCACGCACAUCUUAUUGAAUGGACGAUCUCGACUUAUCCACUUCCACCCAUCGAUUCGAAGAACUUUGUUCGACCACCAACUUUAUCCCCUAAGAAUACUGUCAAACAAAAUGACAACAUCUACGAG